AAAAAAUAAACGAAAAUGCUGAAUGCGAAGGAAGAGGAAAAUGUAACUUGUGAAUUAAUUAAAACGCCGAAUUUGGAAUAUUAUUCAAAUAUCGAACAAUUCUCCAAAAACAUGCUUGAAUUACAAAAGAAAAUGAGUGAUAUCGAAGACGUGCGAAAUGUAUUGGAAUUAGUGGUAACAAAGUCGAAGAUUCGUCAGCAAGAAAAGUUAACCGAUUAUCAAACUAUUAACGAAUGCCAUCUGGAAUGUCCCCAAAGUUUCUACUUUGAAAAAAUGAAAGAGUUUGCAAAUAAAUUACCCCCGAAUAUCUUGUUACUUGAAUGGGAAGAAAAUAUUCGAAAUUUAAUAUCGGUUAAUUUACGAACCAAAUACGUGGAUAUUUUUGAGGAUCAAAUGCUCGAAACAAAGACACGUUAUUACGAAGCAAUGCACGACAUGGCCGUAAAAAAAGUGAUAGCAAUAGAAUGUCAAGAUAUUUGUAAUUUGGGAUUAGAAGAAAUUCCUCCGUACAAGCUUGCCGGACGAACUGAAUUUUAUCCAAAAUUUUUGAGAAAUCGAUGCGCGCUUAAAAAAAAAUAUUAUUUACCUCAUAAACUGAUGAAAAAUAUAGUAGCAAAGGCUCAUUUCUUGAUGCCAAAAUGGAUGUGUGAUUUCGGACGUUAUCGAGCAGAAUUCGAUUAUCUUGAUUUUAACAGAUUUUUAGAUUUGGUAGAAAAUGAUACGAAAAAAGGCGCGAUUAUGGUUACUAGUGUUUAUUACAGCGACAUCGUGCGACUGAUCUCUCAACCUCGCUAUCUUAGUGACGUACCGUCAUUUUCUUUGCCUAAUUUUCUCAACUGCGCCAACAAUUUACUCGCUCUUCAAAUUGUCACGCUCAUGAUAGAUACUAUAGAAUAUUUGCUUGAAGUAUUAAAAGACAAGCAAAUCCUACCUUUAUUCAAGGUUCAAUUAAAAUGCGAGGAAAAUGAUCUGUUUCUUAGCCCGACGAUGCUUGAAAUUUGUAACGCGUUUUAUAAUAUUAUCGAUCAAAUUAAAAAUACCGCGCAACAAUUGUCGCCACUGGAGUCUUGGGUUAGUGUAAAGAUUCAUCGAGAAUAUAUUAAAGUCGAAUUACCAGAAUGGUAUUUAAAAGACACGCAUCGACGUCUCGAAGAAAUAUUGAAGAACACUUUUCGACCCUUCAACGAUUACGUUGAUGAACUGCAUAAAAAAUUCCAUAUUGUUUUCGAUCCAAAAUCGCACGAUAUCUAUAGUAGAAUGGGAUAUAGUUUUCAAGAAAAAGUAUCUCAGGUUGAAGAUUUUAAUCGACUUAUUCGAGACAUAAAUGGCAUGCCGGAUCACGAGUACUUUCCGAUCGGGAUAAUAAAUCAAAUUGGAGCAAAGGCAGGGCUUCUUUAUUACGCGGAAGAAGUGCGUAAAUUGAUUAUCGAAGAAUUAGUCAAAAGUCAUCGAAAUUAUAAUCUUGAAAUUUGUAAAACGUUUGAAGAUAUAAGGGAGCGUGCUUUGCACAUACCUUAUAAUACUAAAGAAUUACUCGAAUUGGGUGAUUAUAUGUUGUAUGCCGCGUCAACGUUAAUGAGAUUAUUAGAGGAAAAGAUCACUUUAUCGUUGCGCAUGAUGGCAUCAUUAAUUGGAAUGACAACAUUAACCAAAGAUCAUAUCGAAUUGAAUAACGACACUAUUCAUUGGUUAAAGCGGAUAAGACCAAUAUUCGAGCAAAAUAGCGUCAUGUACGAGCAAACUAAAUCUGAGUUGGAGGAGAAACUUGUGAAGAAAAUCGAUGAUCUUAACGCGAGUGUCGAGGACAUGUAUCCCAGAUUGAAAAUUAUGAAUGAUAUGGAUUAUGCGAAUCGGAUUCGAGAAUACAUUGAAUUCAUGCGAAAGUUCGCACGCGAUUUAGAUCGUAUGGACGAAAGGGUGAACUGGAUUAACGAGGAAGAAAAACUCUUUAAAUAUCCCCUCUCUGUAUAUCCACGUAUCAACGAAUUGAAAGAAAUUAUAAUGCCGUACUACGAUUUAAUUUAUCGUGGUUACCAAUGGCAAAGGCAUCGGGACGUCUGGCUGGAUGGCCCGUUCGAGUAUUUGGAUUCAAACGAUGUCGAGAACAAGGCAACUGAUUAUUUUUCAAAUUUCAGUAAAAUAAACAAACAGUACAGGACAAGAAUAAAGAUGGAGAUUGCAAUGAAUUAUCCGCACAGUUUCACAGGAUCUCCAGAUGACUCGGAUCCUUUACAACAACCGGCGCCUUUAAAACUAACCUAUCAGCUUAUGGAAGAUAUCAAAUGGUUCAAGCACUAUAUACCGUUGCUAACGGUUUUUCGAAAUCCUGCGAUGCGACAAAUUCAUUGGGAUGAAAUGUCGGUAAUAGCAGGUUUCGAUCUUACCCCUGAUGCUGGAACAACGUUCAGGAAAAUUAUCCUGAUGAAUUUGAUGGAAGAAAUUGAAAAGUACGAAACAAUAAGCAUAAGCGCAACGAAACAACUUGCUCUCGCAGAUCUGUUAGCAAAGCUGAUUAGCGAAUGGGAUGAUGUAUUGUUUAUAACUAUACCUUAUAAAGAUUCGGGAGUGAACAUUUUGACGCAGUUAGACGACACUCAAAUGCUUUUGGAGGAUCAGAUAAUAAAAGUCGAAGCGAUGCGAGGUUCUGCGUUCGUCAAACUUAUCGAGGAAGAAGUUAAAACUUUUUAUUUUCUCUUACAUCGAAUACACUCGACGAUAGAAGAAUGGACCAAAGUUCAAGUACAAUGGAUGUAUUUAUUACCUAUCUUUUCAAGCAAAGAUAUCGUAGCGCAAUUACCGGAAGAAGAGGUAUUAUUUUUUCAAGUAGAUAGAAUAUUUCGUAGCGCGAUGAAUGGUGUCGCGAAGGAUCCUCGUGUACGAGAAACUGCUGGUUCUGUGGGUCUUCUAGAAAUCAUGCAAGAAGCUAAUCUAUUGAUGGAAAAAGUAAACGAGGGUGUAUUGAAUUACUUAGAAAAGAAGAGGCUCUUCUUUCCACGAUUUUUCUUCUUAAGUAACGACGAUAUGCUCGAAAUAUUAUCCGAAACAAAGGAACCUCUUCGAGUCCAACCGCAUCUUCGAAAAUGUUUCGAAGGCAUAAACAGGCUGCGAUUUGACGAACAAUUGGAAAUAUGUUCCAUUAGUGAAGACUACGAGGAAGUUAGAAUGCAGGAAAGGAUUUCGACCGCUGCGGCGCGAGGUUGCGUGGAACGAUGGCUCAUUCAAGUGGAGGAACAAAUGUUGAAAUCUGUACGACAUGAAAUCCUUAUGAGCUAUCUCGAUUAUGAGGUCAAUAAACGAGACUUGUGGGUACUUAUUUGGCCUGGUAUGGUUGUCCUAUGCGUAUCUCAAAUUUACUGGACUAUGGAAGUUCAAAAUAGCCUUAUGACUCGUAUACCUUCGACAAUGGAGGUACUUCAUGACAAACUCAUGUUCCAAAUCUUGGAAAUGGUUGAAUUAGUUAAAGGAUAUUUAACGAAACAAAAUCGAACUACGUUAAAUGCUCUUAUCACCUUGGACGUGCAUGCCAAGGAUGUCGUAAAAUUAUUGAUCGACAGGAAGAUCAUAGAUGAAAUGGAUUUUGAAUGGUUGGCCCAAUUGCGCUAUUAUUGGGAAGAUGACGUAUUUGUUAGAAUUAUUUAUACAACUGUGAAUUAUGCUUACGAAUACAUUGGGAAUUGUCCUCGUCUCGUUAUCACUCCUCUAACGGAUAGAUGUUAUCGCACUUUAAUCGGUGCCUAUUCCUUGAACUUGAAUGGAGCACCGGAAGGUCCAGCCGGUACCGGUAAAACAGAAACGACGAAAGACUUGGGCAGAGCUGUAGCCGUACAAUGCGUAGUUUUCAAUUGUUCCGAAGGUCUCGAUUACAAAAAUAUGGGAAAAUUCUUCAAAGGUCUCGCCUCGUGCGGAGCAUGGUCUUGCUUCGACGAAUUUAACAGAAUCGAUCUCGAAGUGUUGUCCGUGGUCGCGCAACAAAUUCUUUGCAUCAUUCAAGCCGUACGCGCCAAACUGGAAACAUUCGUUUUCGAGGGGACCGAAUUGAAAUUAAAUGCCGCCGUUUACGUUUGCAUCACGAUGAAUCCUGGUUACGCGGGUCGUUCAGAGUUACCCGACAAUUUGAAAGUUCUUUUUAGAAGCGUGGCAAUGAUGGUGCCCGAUUACGCUAUGAUCGCCGAAAUAUUUCUUUAUUCUUCUGGAUUCGGUACAGCCCGAGAACUCUCCACGAAGAUCGUAACGACGUACAAACUAUGCUCGGAACAAUUAUCUUCCCAAUCCCAUUACGACUACGGGAUGCGAGCCGUGAAAACGGUGCUAACAGCUGCACAAAAUAUCAAAUUACAAUUGCCGGACGAGAACGAGUCCGUGCUUUUACUUAGAUCCGUGAUCGACGUUAAUCUGCCGAAAUUCUUGGCGCACGACGUCCCACUUUUCCAAGGUAUCGUCUCCGAUCUGUUCCCCGGACUGGAAUUACCCGCUCCGAGUUACGAUGUACUCUUAAAAGCUGUCCACGAAGUUUGCGAUAAAAAAAACUUACAACCGGUCGACGGUUUUCUCUUGAAGAUCAUACAAACGUUCGAAAUGAUGAUCGUCCGCCAUGGAUUUAUGCUCGUCGGCGAACCGUUCGGCGGUAAGACAUCGAUACUUCACACUUUGGCCAACGCCUUGACCACCAUGUUUGAACAGAAUGAGCCGAACGGAGUUGCGACAAAAUAUUUCACGAUCAAUCCAAAAUCUAUAACGUUGGAUCAGCUAUACGGAUUUUUCGAUCCUGUUUCUUCCGAAUGGACCGACGGUAUUUGCGCAGUUGCAUUUCGAAGGUAUUCCACCGAAGACACACCCGACAGGAAAUGGAUUAUUUUUGACGGGCCGGUCGAUGCAGUGUGGAUCGAGAAUCUCAAUACCGUCCUCGACGACAAUAAAAAACUUUGUCUAACAUCCGGUGAGAUAAUACAAAUGACCGGUGUAAUGUCAAUGAUAUUCGAGACAAUGGAUCUUGAGCACGCGUCUCCCGCCACGGUGUCCCGUUGUGGAAUGAUAUACGUGGAACCGCGUGUUCUUGGCUGGAAACCGUUCCUUGAUUCUUGGAUAAAUAUAUUAAAUCCCAUAUGGAAAGAGAAUCACGAGAACGAGAUCAAAGAAUUGUUCCAUUGGCUGAUGGAUCCGUGUUUAGAAUUUAUUCGAAAAAAUUGUCACACGACUAUCUUUGUUGGCCAAAUUCAUCAAGUUGUAUCAACGUUAAAUAUCUUCGAGAUAUAUAUGGAAGAUGCGGUGCAACAAAAUCUAGCAACUUUCGAGCAAUUCGUUUUGUCGUGGCUACAAGCAACUAUGUUAAUGUCGAUGGUUUGGGGAAUCGGUGGUACGCUAGAUUUCCCUUCCCGUAUAUUAUUCAACAACUUUUUCUUAAGUUUUUGGAAGAACGAACAAAAGGAAUACCCGCUUCCCGAAUUUCUUCUUGAAAUUUUAAUCUCUAUUCCGACCGAGGAGCUGAUUCACGAUUGUUUUUACACGUAUCGUGGAAGAGGGGCGUGGAGACGUUUCAGCGACAUGGCAAGACAGGAGGAAUUUUCGGAUGUUGGAAGUAUCGUUCAAUUGAUAAUACCCACUGUCGAUACCGUAAAAUAUCAAUCUUUAUUUUUAAAGCACAUUCGAUAUCACAAACGUUUCUUGUUGUACGGAGACACGGGGACUGGAAAAAGUUUUUACAUCAACGAUUUGAUCAUGAACAAAUUAGGCGAAGAGGAAUAUCUACCGAAUUUCAUCACGUUCACUCCGCACAUUACUGCUGCGCAGACGCAAGAACUGAUUAUACUAAAAUUAUACAAGAGACGCAGAAACAAAUAUGGCCCUUUAGCUGGCACGUUUUGUAUCGUGUUUAUCGAUGAUGUCAACAUGCCUGCGAAAGAACUUUACGGUUCCCAACCACCGAUCGAGCUGCUACGACAAUUUUUCGAUCACGAAGUUUGGUUCGAUCUGAAGAAACCGGAAAAGAUUUACAUAUACGAUACCAUGUUCGUGUGCGCAAUGGGCCUACCAGGUGGCAGUAGACAGGUAUUGUACAACAGAUUUUUGAGACAUUUUAAUCUGUUCACCAUCGAUAAAUUUUCCGAAGAGACCAUGACCAGAAUUUUUACAAACAUCGCGUUCAUUGGUUUACAACGGCAUGGUUUCACCACGGCAAUCAUGCCGGUUAUCAUGGAUAUUGUGAACGCGACCAUGAAUAUUUUUCAACACGCUCAGGAAGAGCUUAGGCCGACCCCGGCGAAAUCCCAUUAUCUGUUUAACCUGCGUGAUUUUUCUCGUGUGAUAACCGGUUGCACCAUGAUAAGAGUAGAAUCUGUCGAAACGAGAUCGGAUUUCACGAAACUUUGGGUACACGAAACUUUGAGAGUUUUUGGCGAUAGGUUAAUCGAUACGAAGGAUCGACACUGGCUGUUCAUAAGGAUCAGGGAAGCGGUUACUGCUAAUCUAAGGGAAUCGUUCGAUACGGUAUUCGAUUAUUUGCCAAAGGUCGAUGAUCAAUUAACGGAGGAAAGCUUGCGAAGUUUGAUAUUCGGCACUUUUAUGGACGUGGACACGAUCCCGGCCGAUCGCCGCUACGAAGAGGUAAAAUCAAUGGACGAAUAUUUAGAAGUAGCCAUCUCUUAUCUCGAGGAGUACAACAUUACGCACAGACACAAGAUGGACAUUGUCCUGUUCCGUUACGCUUUGGAACAUCUUGCCAGAAUCUGUCGUAUAUUAGCAAUCCCAUGCGGUAGUUUGCUGAUGGUUGGCGUAGGUGGAUCCGGUAGGCAAUCUUUAACAAAAUUGGCUUCGAACAUAGCCAAUCUUGGUCUGUUUCAACCGGAAAUGGGUAGCAUGUAUGGCCUACAAGAAUGGCGGGACGAUGUAAAAAAGGUGCUGAUAAAUUCUGGUGGAAUAGGCAAGGAUUACGUAUUUUUGCUCACCGAAGGACAAAUGAAAACCGACAUAUUCCUAAACGAUAUCGACAGCUUGUUAAAUUCUGGCGAGGUACCGAACAUAUUCAGCAUCGAAGAAAGACAGGAAAUCAUCGAGAUGACUCGGUUGGCCGCUCAGGGCGGUGAUCGGAAUUUAGAUAUAUCGGUGCUCGCGAUACUUUCCUUCUUCCGUAACCGUUGCAAAGAAAAGUUGCACAUAAUGCUAUGCUUCAGCCCUAUUGGGGACACCUUCAGAAUCAGGCUUCGACUUUAUCCAAGUCUCGUCAAUUGUUGCACAAUCGAUUGGUUCGACGUGUGGCCCGAGGACGCUCUCGAACAAGUAGCUCUACGCAGCACCACUGACAUCAACAUUGACGAGACCGUGAAGGUUAACGCGGUGAUCGCCUGUAAAUUUUUCCACGCUUGCGCCAAAGAUAUCAGUGAUCGUUUUUACAGCGACACGGGUAGAAAAACUUACAUCACGACGGCCGGCUUCCUGGAUCUCAUACAAUCUUACGCGGAACUGAUAAAAGAAAAACAAGAAGAGCUGAGCCUCGCGAGAGAUCGUUAUCUCAACGGGUUGGAUAAACUUCAAUUCGCGGCCGAGCAAAUUGGCGAAAUGAGAGUAACGCUUUCGGAAUUACGGCCCCAACUCGAAGCAUCGGCCCACGAGACGACCGAGACGAUGAAGAAAAUUGAGACCGAGAAUAUCAGCGUGGAGAAGGCUACGAUCUUGGUGAAGAAGGACGAAGACAUGGCAAAUAUACAGGCCGAAAUUGCAAUGAAUCUGAAGACUGAAUGCGAGGCAGAUUUGGCCGAGGCUUUGCCCGCCCUCGAGGAGGCAUUGGCCGCUCUGGAUACAUUAAAGCCGGCCGAUAUAGCGGUUGUAAGAACAAUGAGAAGUCCUCCGGCCGGAGUAAGACUCGUUAUGGCUGCGGUGUGCGUGAUGUUGGGCAUACCUCCUCUUCGAGUCGAGGAUCCAGUUACCGGUAAAAAGGAGAACGACUAUUGGACUCCGAGCAAACGUUUAUUGGGCGACAUGAAAUUUUUAGAAACGUUGCGACAAUACGACAAGGAUAACAUUCCUUCGCAUAUCAUGAACGAAAUAAAAACAGUCUACAUGACCGAUAAAAAUUUCGAGCCGAAGAUAGUAGCUAGGGCGUCGUCGGCAGCCGAAGGUCUCUGUAAAUGGGUGAGAGCUAUGGUAUUGUACGACGAGGUAAUAAAAGUAGUUGCGCCGAAAAGGGAAAAAUUACAAAUCGCGCAACGAGAUUACGAGAACACUGUCAAAUUUUUAAACGAAAGACGCGAAUUGCUUGCCGAACUGACCGAAAAGUUGAACGUUCUCAAGGAAAGUUUACGAGUGAUACUCGCCAAAAAGAUCGAAUUGGAGAACGAAGUAACAAUAUGUAGAAAUAAAUUGAUCCGCGCUGAAAAGUUAAUUAGCGGAUUGGGAGGAGAGAAGGAUCGUUGGACCCUUGCGGCCAAGAACUUACAAAAAUUUUACGAUACUUUGCCGGGUGAUAUUUUGAUUUCAUGUAGCAUGAUAGCGUAUCUUGGUCCAUUCACAUCUCCUUAUCGUAUCGAAAGCUUGGAAAAAUGGACGACUUACGUUAAGAAUUUGAAAAUCCCAUGCUCGGAAGAAUUUGAUUUCGUUAAGAUACUCGGAUCCGAGGUAAAGAUCAAUUCUUGGAACAUAUUUGGACUACCUCGAGACUUAUUUUCCAUCGAGAACGCCAUUAUCAUGGAUAAUUCAAAAAGAUGGAGUUUAUUCAUCGAUCCUCAGAGUCAAGCUAAUAAAUGGAUUCGUAACAUGGAGAAACAAAACGAAUUGGAAAUCGUGAAAUUGACAGAUGUAAAUUAUAUGUAUAUCAUAGAAAAAGCGCUGGAAUAUGGAAAACCAGUAUUGAUAGAGAACGUGCUUGAAGAAUUGACACCACCUCUUGAGCCGAUAUUAAUGAAGGCGAUAUAUAAAAUGGGCCCUUUCUGGUUUAUCACACUUGGCGAAAAAGUAAUCGAAUAUAAUCUGCGAUUCAAACUGUAUAUUACAACGAAAUUACGCAAUCCGCAUUAUCUACCGGAGAUUUUCAAUAAAGUAACUGUGAUCAAUUUCGCUUUAACGAUUGGCGCUUUAGAAGAUCAAUUGUUAGGUAUCGUGGUUGCGAAGGAGAGGCCAGAUUUGCAGGAAAAGCGAGAAUACUUGAUCGUUCAAAGUGCCGCGAACAGACAAGCUUUGCUGCAAGUCGAGGAUAAUAUUUUGAAAACUUUAUCAGUGGCCGGUGCUAGAAUUUUAGAGGACGAGGAAGCCAUAGAAAUCUUAGAUUCGUCAAAAAUUCUUUCCAUUGAUAUAUUAAAGAAACAAGCUGCUGCGAAAAAAACGGAGGCACAGAUCGAAGGAUUUCGACAAAAUUACAAACCCAUAGCAGUACAUAGUUCCGCUCUUUAUUAUACGAUCACCGAUCUACCCAACAUCGAUCCUAUGUAUCAAUAUUCGUUGAUGUGGUUUAUCAAUUUAUAUAUUAAUUCGAUAGAAACUGCGAAUAAAAGUAUAAUUCUCGCAAGAAGAUUGGAAUUUCUUCGAGAAACUUUUACCUAUAACUUAUAUCAAAAUGUCUGUAGAUCUUUAUUCGAAAAGGACAAGCUUUUGUACUCGUUCGUCUUGUACACGACUAUCUUAAUGACGGAGGACGCGAUCUCGAGAGAAGAAAUGACAUUCUUUCUUUCCGGAGGUGUUGUAAUUGCUGGAUUACCAGAGAAUCCAGUAACCUGGCUUGCAGAUAAAUCUUGGGGAGAAAUUUGCAGAGUUCAAACAUUACCUAACUUCACCAAUUUUCAGUUUAAUUUCACACGUAAUCUAGUUGCGUGGAAAGAAUAUUACGAUUUAUUAAAUCCAGAAAAGGCACCGAUACCAGAACCAUGGGAGGAAAGAUUAACACCUUUUCAGAAAUUAAUUAUCAUGAGAAUGAUUAGAACGGACAAAGUAAUGAUCGCGAUACAACAAUUCGUCGAAGCUGGAAUGGGUUUGAAGUUUAUAUUACCACCACCUUUUGAUAUUUCCAAAUCUUUCGCGGAAUCAAGUUCCUUGAUACCAUUGAUAUUCAUCUUGUCUCCGGGCUCAGAUCCAAUGGAAGCGCUGAGAAGCUUUGCGGAAGCUAUGAAUUUCCAAGAAAAAUUCCACUCGAUUUCCCUCGGUCAAGGUCAAGGUCCCAUCGCUCAAAAAUUGAUCGAGCAAGCUCAAUAUACCGGCGAAUGGGUGUGUUUGCAAAAUUGUCACUUGGCUGCCUCUUGGAUGCCUAUGUUGGAAGAUAUCUGUGACCGUUUCGAUCCUUCCAAUACGCACGUCCACUUUCGUUUAUGGCUUACCAGCUAUCCUUCCGAAUAUUUCCCAAUUACGAUUCUGCAAAAUGGCGUCAAAAUGACAAACGAACCUCCGACCGGUUUACAGAACAAUAUUAUGAGAUCCUAUAAAUCCGAAGCAAUCAAAAACAUAGAUGCUUUUUAUGGCGAGUCUGUUAAAAGGAAAGCAUUCUCAAAAUUGCUUUACGCUUUGUGUUUCUUUCAUGCUGUAGUGCAAGAAAGACGAAAUUAUGGCUCUCAAGGUUGGAAUAUAAAAUACGGUUUCAAUGAAUCGGAUCUUCAAAUAUCCGUUCAACAACUUCACCUGUAUAUAAACAAUUAUGAGGAUGUACCUUUCAAAGCUAUUAUAUAUCUAACCGGUGAAUGUAAUUAUGGUGGUCGGGUCACGGAUGAUAGAGAUAGAAGAUGUUUAAAUACAAUAUUACAUGAUUUUUAUAAUCCGAAUGUAAUUAUAAAUCCGAAUUACACCUUUGCAGAUAUUGGACCCGAAUAUAGUUUACCAAAAAGAUACGAAUACGAUGAUUUUAUCAAACAAAUUCAAGGAAUCCCUUUAAAUCCACCACCAGAAGCGUUUGGAUUGCAUAUGAAUGCUGGAAUUACACGGGAUAUUGAAUUAGCAAAUACAUUCUUUCAAUCCAUGUUAAUGAUUCAAGGAGCAGUAGUGAUAGGUGAUGCUAUUAAACAGGACGAAAUGAUGUUAAAUAUGAAAAAAGAUAUUUAUGACAGAAUGCCUGAAUUAUUUGAUAUCGAGGAGGCGGAAAAACAAUAUCCUAUCGUUUAUAUGGAAUCAAUGAAUACUGUCUUAAUACAAGAAUUGGUAAGAUAUAACAUCCUCUUACAGGAGAUUAAACAAUCUCUCGAUAUGUUAGAGAAAACGGUAAAAGGAUUAAUAGUGAUGACCCCUGAGAUAGAGAUUUUAGGUAGUUAUAUAUUAAGCGCAAAAAUUCCACUAUCUUGGAUAAAUGCAUGUGCUUAUCCAAGUUUAAAACCAUUGCCAAAUUUUAUUAAUGAUUUUCUUGAUCGAUUAAACUUCUUUAAAAAGUGGUUAAAAGAAGGUAUACCGAAAACCUUUUGGAUAUCUGGAUUUUCGUUCGUGCAUGCUUUUCUUACAGCAACAACGCAAAACUUUGCCCGAAAAUACAAGAUACCUAUCGAUAAAAUUGAUUUUGAUUUCAAGGUACUUCCUAAAUUUGAAUUGAAUGAAUCACCGAUCGAUGGUGUUUAUGUUUACGGGAUGUAUUUGGCCGGUGCCAGAUGGAAUUUGAGCAACAUGCUACUCGCUGAAAGUUAUCCAAAAAUACUUUGGGAAUCUAUGCCAAUAAUUUGGAUGAAACCAUCUAUAAUGGAUGCGAUUCAUAUAGGAGAACGAUACGAAUGUCCUGUUUAUAUUACUUCUGCGCGUUUUGGUGUUCUUAAGACAACUGGACAUUCUACUAAUUACGUAUUAUCAAUUCUCUUAGAAACUGAUUAUCCUAUCAGUCAUUGGAUUAAAAGAGGACUAGCUUUAAUUUGUCAACUCGAUAAUUAAACAAUUUCUCAUAACA